AUGUCCAAAUCCUGCUGUUCCUUUUGCUGCCAGCCUUCCUGCUGCAGGACCACCUGCAGUAAACCAACUUGUGUGACAUGCUGCUGUUGCACACCCAGCUGCUGUAAAACCACCUGCUGUGAGACAACCUGCUGUAAGCCAACCUGUGUAACCAGUUGUUGCUGCACACCCACCUGCUGCAAAACCACCUGCUGCAAGACAACCUGCUGUAAGCCAACCUGUGUAACCAGUUGUUGCUGCACACCCACCUGCUGCAAAACCACCUGUUGCAAGACCAUCUGCUGUAAGCCAGCAUGUGUGACCAGCUGCUGCCAGCCCUGUUGCCAGCCCAGCUGCUGUAAAACCACCUGCUGCAAGACCACUUGCUGUAAGCCAACCUGUGUGAUCAGCUGCUGCUGUCCACCCUGCUGCCAACCCAGCUGCUGUGAAACCACCUGCUGCAAGACCACCUGCUGUAAGCCAACCUGUGGGAUAUUCUGUUGCAAGCCAAGCUGUUGUAAAACAACAUGCUGCAAGGCCAUCUGCUGUAAGCCAACCUGUGUGAACACCUGUUGCUGCACACCCUGCUGCCAACCCAGUUGUUGUGAAAUUUGCUGUUGCCAGCCCUGCUGCUGUGAGUCCUUCUGCUGCCCAACCUUCUGUGAAAACACCUGCUGCUAG